CUUUCUUCAUGGAUUUAAAUAUAAAUAUCUGUUCAAGUUGUAAAGUACGCGUCUUACUCAUUCCAGUCUCUCCUAUAAAAAAAUCAACAUUUGAUAAACAUGUUGAACUCUUAAAAACCUUUUGUCUUGUUCGUCUGGGCGAUGUUACGCCUGACUUGAAAAAAGGUGCCAGCGGUAAGCUAAAAUUUGCUGCAUAAUGUAUGUGUAACCAAAAUCAAAAAAAAAAAGCCAUGUUCAGUAGCCAGGUUUUUCAAGAAGGUCAAAUGCAUUUUGAAUUCUUGACUCAUUAUACUCGUGAGCAUCAAGAGCUGGAAGAAUUUCAGCCACAUAGACGUGCUUUUGGUAUUAUUGGCAUCAUGGAUUGUCAAGAAUGGAAAACAAAAGGUCUUUAUGAAGGCUAUAAGCAAUUUGAAAAGGAUUUAGAUAUGUAUCCAGCAGGCGUAGUGACAAGAUGCUUUGGCUUUGAUCCCUCAGAAAGUCAAGAAGACAACACAAAAGGUUUAAUCAUGAUUCCUAAUGUUGGCAACAUGUCUUUUUAUAUGAGCACUAUGAUGUGUGAUUUUGCAAGUGACAUACUUGAAUUGUUUGGAACAUUGGCUCAUCGCAUUCAGAAUACAACCAUGUUGGAGUCUCCUUUACCUCUGAGACUUAGUCACAUUCCAGUUCAGCAGAGAGAACACCCUCGAUUUUCUCAACCACCCUUAACACUAUCCGCUCAAAAUACCUCUAUCUCAAAAAGGUCCUCUUUUCCUCUGCAAUCACCACGCGUAUCUGAGACCACAGGAGAGACCAGUAGGACAAAAAAAAGGACCAGUGGUCGAAUCAAAAAACUGCUGGGUGACUUUUACUUAUUGGCAGGGCGAUUGCCUGAUGCUGUCAACUUUUAUGAGCAUGCCAUGGAGAUGACCAAGAUGACGUCGGAUUAUCUAUGGCUUGCCAGUGCCAUGGAAGGUUGGUUAUGCGCUACUGUCUUACUUGAGUAUUUGCAAAUGGAUCAUAUUGUUUCCAGAACACCUAUGGGCUCUUAUCAGAGUGAUUCUGUUGUGGAUGAUACGAUUGAAUUCCCGCCUACACCCACUACAGCUAAAGGGCCUCGUUCAACACUGCAUGUGUUGGCUGAACAUUAUGGCCUGCUGAUUCACAAUUAUAGUCGAGUCAUGUUAACAGCUAGUUUUCCUGUACCUGAUGUGGUUUUUGCAGAAGCAUGUAUGAAAAUUGCACGUAUAUUGACAACAGCCUAUCUAAACGGUGGAUGGAACCAUGAGACCAUCACUUUGAUCGUACAAGGUCAAUUACACCAUGGAAUAUUAACUCAAGGUCAAUUCAAACAAGGUAGUGGUGUAUCUCGCUCAGAUAUUGGUGAAUGGGUCACUAAAAUAUGGGAAAUACAACUCGAACAUCUUGCGCUGUUGGACCAGAUAUCUUUGACGAAUGCCAUGUCGUGUGUUUAUUCUUCUAUUGGCUACCAUCGAAAGGCAGCCUAUACUAUGCAUAAAAGCAUUCAGAGUAUGCUUCCGCUCUUGAUACAAUACCGUAGAGCCAACUUGAAAGAGAAUAACACAGUAUCAGAUCAAGGUGUGCUUGAGAUCCUGAGACGUAUGUGUGAUAUCUAUGGUGUUGGCCAACAUCAUGUACGAGACAGAGGUACUCUUUUUGAUCAGACUCAACCUACCCUGAAACCUACCAAUACAGCGUGUCAGUUGGGUUGGCCAGAGUUACAGAUAGAGAUCCUUAAACAAUGUAUUUCUGUCUCUGAAGCAUUGAUUGACCAUGGUUCUCGACUUUACUAUACAACCAUUCUAUUAAGAAACUUGUAUCAAUACAUACCAAAAGCAGAACAGAUCAAGCUGGCAACCACAAUUCAAGCCAUUGUCAUGAACUCAACUAGAGAUAAGAAAAUCAAGACUUCUUCCAUCAAUUAUUGGGGUGUCAAUAUUGUCUCUCAUGUCGAAGCAAAAAAGCCUAUUUCUCGAAAAGCGGUUUAUGCUCAACCAAUCAAGAGUGAUACAGUCAUUGACUCAAGCAACACUGAAGCAUCGAAUGACCCAUUUAUAUAUAAUCCUUUCGCAAAAAAGACAGAAAGUGAACAAAAAGUUAUGCUUGUUAAAAAUGAGUUAUCUGAAUUCAAGGUAUCAUUAGUCAAUCCAUUUGGAUUUGAUUUAGAAUUACAAAACAUUGUUUUGAGUACAUCGGGUGUUGCUUUUCAUGCUAUCCCAACAGCUCUGACUAUACCUGCUAAUGCUACGAUUCAUGUUCAAUUGAUGGGCACACCAGAGGAAACAGGUGCGCUUGUUAUACGCGGUUGUUUUAUUAGAAUCAUUGGUUUUGCAGAGCAAGAGUUUCUUGUCAACACAUCAGACAAAGAAUCAUCAAAACAUCAACAUUUUAUCAAGAUAAAGCAUAGCGGUUUGAAUGCCCUUGAUUUUAGUAAAAAUAAAGAAGAAAAAACCAACGAUAGUAGUCCAGCGCAUUUCUACACAGUCAAUGUUAUUGAGGAUCAACCCUUACUUAAGAUUAAAAAGACAUCUUUAUUACAUAGUGCAGUUAUGUUGUAUGAAGGAGAAGUUAUACAGAUGACCAUAGAUUUAGAAAAUAUUGGCCUUGUUCCUGUUGACUUUGUUACUUUGUCAUUUGUAGACUCUACUACUUCUAGUCCUGUCUUUAUCAAUCCAGAACUUCCUCCUGAAGAUCAAUACGAAAUUGAACUUUAUACAAAAGGCACAAGUGUAUUCUCAUGGGAAGGCACAUCUGAAAAAAGAAGCAAUGAAUUGAUUGGAAAAAAGAUAUGGUUACCACCAGGCGCAAUUACUACCAUCAAAAUCAAUGUCUAUGGCAAAAGAGAUUGUCGAGGAGGAACCAUUCAGAUUGAUUAUGGUUAUCUUGAUCGUACCAAGUCAUCUUCAACUUCAAGACCAGAAACUGCUUUAUUUCAUACAAGACAACUGUAUCUUAAUGUGCUUAUUACAGUAUAUCAAAACCUUGAAUGUUUGAAUUGGGAUGUAGCGCAUCUUAGACACAGUAUUCCAGCUUCUAAAGAAGCAAUUGAGGUAGCCAUGAAACGCAUACGUCAAACAACUCUCAAUGACUUGAAUAUUCCUUCAGAAAAACAACCUGUUGAAGACGUGCUGCUUGUCACUCGAAAUAUCGAACUAGAGAAUCAAGAAAUAAACGAUUUUUGUCUGGUCACAGUUGAUGUUCACAAUAUCUGGACUGUACCCUUUGAUGUUGAAUUCACAAUCAAUCAUGCUGACAAACGAGAAAAAGACCACAUUCUAUCUCGGACAACCAUUCAAGCUGGAUCUACAGUCAGAAUCAUUCUGCCUAUCAAGCGUUUGUUCUUACCUAACAGCAUUUGCAAUCAAGCCAUUCCUUCUUUUGAUCCUAACAAACAAUUUGUUGUAUCUCAAGGCCCUAACAUCUCAAAAGAACAACAGGCAGCACGCCUUCAGAUGUUUUGGUAUAGAGAAGAGUUGUUGGACAGCAUAAAAGCAAGUUGGAAAUGCAGAGUAUCUCAUCGUUCUGGUAGACUCAAUCUUCGUCCUUCUUUGCGUAUGUCAUCUACACAACUAGGCAUACUCAAAAAGGAAGAUGUAGCAUUUUCAAUAGACAUGAAAGGCAAAAGUGUUGAGAAGUUAAGCCAUCGAAGAUUCAGUUGUCUUUGCAAUGACUAUGUGAUCCUGACCAUUUCUGUUAAAAAUCGAUUUUCCUAUCCAAUCAAACUGAUACUUAGACUUCAGCCUGUUCAAAGCUACAAUGAUGGUGUCAAAGAAUAUGAUCUUUCAGACAAGUUGUUUAUAGAGGGAUUAAAGCAAGUUGUCUUGCCAGAAGUAAAGUACUUAUUCUAUAAAUCUGUGUGUCUCAUGUGGCUGCUUUAGAUUCCUGCUAUCCAUGGAUUUGCAUCUUAUUCAUUUCCACUCUAUUUCCUGUCUCGAGGACAAUUUGAAUUGCUAUACCAUGCAGAGGAUAUCUACAAACGAAAGGUAUACUAUGAUCAUGAAUGGGUUAUUGUAGAUGCUACUGAAUAAUAGUAAUAACAAUAAUAAUAAUAAUAAUAAUAAAA